GCCUGGGGACCUGGGGGCGGGAGGAGUGGGGGGCCGCACCCGGGCCACCGCCCUCCUCCUCCUCCUCCAUCAUCUUCCCGUCUUGUUUGGCCAGCCCUGGGGUGGAGUGCAUCCCCUCACCUCCUCUUUUCUUUUUCCCUGGCCAGGUCAUUCUCCCCCCGUCCCUGGCCUGCCCUUCCCCUUGCUGGGCCCCUUGGAGCCUUAGCUGUGGCCCUGGCUUGUUCGGGCCCUCCCGCCUUGACGGCGAGGCCGGUGGGUUCGGCAGCGCCUUUACCAAUCCCGGGAGAUCGGCCGCCAGAAAGGGGGGCUGCUAAGGAGUAUCUUAGGAAGUGGGGUUUUAAGAGAAAAAUGAGGGGGAUCUCCUCCCCAAGCUUAAUUGUGAAGGCCUGGAAGAAUCCUGGGUGGCGUUUUCCACCUCCCUAUAAUAAAAUCAUAAAGACUGAGACGGUGGCGCCGGGGCCUCCUGCCGCUAACAUAGGGAUGGCGGCAGAAACUUCUCUGAGAGAAAAUCUGCUUUUGGGUGUCUGUAUCCCUCAAACCCUAGGCCUAGGUUUUUCUUUUUUUUUGGACCCCUGCGAAGGGCACACGCAGAUCCUCUAACCGCCUGGAGGAAAGGCCCUAAGCCAUUCUAUGAAUUCUCUCUGUCUUGGUUUCUCUAUGAUGGUGCUGAACUUUUUUUGCAUGAGUUAUUAGAGGGCGGAGCAAAUGAUGAAGUUCUCUGUGGAGUGAUUUGAGAGAAGAGUACUCCAUGUGCCUGAGUGUAAUUUUGCCGUUCUAGUUUGUCAUUUUGGAAGGAGGUCAGGAUAUUAGUUCCCUCGCCUAGCAGAUCCUCUGUUUGAUAAUUUGUUAAGAUGCAGACGAUCUUUUCACUGUUAACAUUCUUAGGGUUUGUCGUGCAAGAUCUGGUUAAGUACAGUUUUACAGUUUUAACCAAUACAGGUUGUUUGCUGGUUAUCGUUUUAUAAUUAAAGCUAGUUUUGUUUUUUACUCUGCAGGUAUAACUAGCUGUUUGAUGCAUUGUUAGCUAGCUUGUGGGCGUGCAGCAUCAUGCCAAAGAUGGUGCAAGUGAAAGUGUAGGGAAACAUAUGCUUGAAGCCUGCAGCAAUAACCUGGAGAUGGCGGUCACUAUGUUUUUGGAUGGUGGCGGAAUCGCUGAAGAGCCCAGUACCAGUUCAGCAAGCGUCUCCACUGGCAGACCACACGCAGAAGAAGAAGUUCGUGCCCCAAUUCCUCAGAAGCAGGAAAUAUUGGUGGAGCCAGAACCUUUGUUUGGUGCUCCUAAAAGACGACGACCUGCACGUUCAAUAUUUGAUGGUUUCCGGGAUUUUCAAACUGAAACUAUUCGGCAAGAGCAGGAAUUAAGAAAUGGAGGAGCAAUAGAUAAGAAACUAACUACCCUUGCAGAUCUGUUCCGGCCACCCAUUGACUUGAUGCAUAAAGGCAGCUUUGAAACAGCCAAAGAGUGUGGCCAGAUGCAGAAUAAGUGGCUGAUGAUAAACAUUCAGAAUGUACAAGACUUUGCAUGCCAGUGCCUCAACCGAGAUGUAUGGAGCAACGAAGCUGUGAAGAAUAUUAUCCGGGAACAUUUCAUUUUCUGGCAGGUUUAUCAUGACAGUGAGGAAGGUCAGAGAUACAUACAGUUUUAUAAGCUAGGGGAUUUCCCCUAUGUUUCCAUCUUGGACCCACGGACAGGUCAGAAGCUAGUAGAGUGGCACCAGUUAGAUGUCUCUUCUUUCUUGGACCAAGUGACAGGAUUCCUGGGUGAACAUGGGCAACUGGAUGGACUCUCUAGCAGUCCUCCCAAAAAAUGUGCCCGUUCAGAGAGCCUUAUAGAUGCAAGUGAGGACAGCCAGCUAGAAGCCGCCAUCAGAGCCUCCUUGCAAGAGACACAUUUUGAUUCAACACAGACAAAACAGGAUAGCCGCUCAGAUGAAGAAUCUGAAUCUGAACUUUUUUCUGGCAGUGAGGAGUUCAUAUCCGUUUGUGGCUCCGAUGAAGAAGAAGAGGUAGAAAAUCUUGCCAAAUCUAGAAAGUCUCCCCACAAAGAUUUGGGGCAUAGAAAAGAGGAGAACAGAAGGCCACUAACUGAGCCCCCAGCCAGGACUGAUACUGGAAUAGUCACAAACCACCAAGGAUUGCCAGGUGUGGAUUCAGAAAUAUUGGAGAUAUCACCUGAAAAAUCAGAUGGAGUAGUGGAGGGGGUAGAUAUAAAUGGACCAAAAGCACAGCUGAUGUUGCGGUAUCCAGAUGGAAAAAGGGAACAGAUCACUCUUCCAGAGCAAGCUAAACUGCUAGCUUUGGUGAAGCAUGUCCAGUCUAAAGGAUAUCCAAAUGAACGUUUUGAACUUCUCACCAACUUCCCUCGAAGGAAACUGUCUCACCUGGACUAUGACAUUACAUUACAAGAGGCAGGCCUUUGUCCUCAAGAGACUGUCUUUGUACAGGAAAGAAAUUAACACCAUAGCCUGACCUCUCUCAGCUUACCCCUUUUUCCCUUUUCCUGUGAGAUACCAUGUUACUGAGUAUGCAUUUUGGCUCAUAGGACCACAGAGCCAAAGUUGGGCAAGCAAGUCACCUGCCUUCUCUUACUUUUAUUUCUCACUCUGUCCUGUAAUCAGUCUUUUUUUUUUUUCUCCCCCUUUUUCUCUCUCCUAUUUUCUUCUUUUUCCUACUUUUCAUUCUUUGUUUCUGUCUUUCUUUCUUACCUAAUCUGGUGACCAAAUGGAAGUGUAAGGAUAAGAUGCCUCCUAGUACUGGCAACAAGAAAUGGGUGUUCCACAUAGUGGUCUCUUGCAUGGCGCUUUUUUGGGAUCAAAUGAUAUUGUGACUCCUCAGACUCCUUUGGCUAAGGAAUGGCUAGAUUCAGAAUAAGGACAACCUCCCUUUUUCAUGAGUCCCUGUUUUUCAGUAGGAAGAAGAAAUUCUCUAACACGUGUUUUGUUUUGUUUUUCAUGUAGGAAGUAUGUAACAAAGUAUCCAGGGUUUUGUUUACAUGGAAAAAGCAUCCCUUAUAAUUACUGUUUAUCACAUUUAAAAUUCUUUUUCAAAAGAUUCCCUUCUUCCCAGCUCCAAAAAUGAUUCCAUGAUAUGUGUUAUUGGCAAAAAGAGUGUUAAGUGUAGGGUGAGUGGUGUAGGGUGGCUUUUAAUGUCCUAGCCUGAGACAGCUUCCUUCAUUAUUACUCUGUAAAGUAUAUCGGUCCUGCUAGCCCUGGAAUGGACAUUUAAUGAGCAAAUUGUGGUGACUGGGAUUGGAAGGUGCUUGCUGUUUUUGCCGGUACAGCAUGUUAGUUCCUUUGGCCUCUCCACUGUCUGGGUCCACAAGUGAUGUAUAGGAAGGCAGUUGUUCAAUAAUCAUGCAGUAGAAUGGCUUGUAAUUGUAACCACUAUGGUUACUGAUUGUCCUAUGUGCUUUAGGGCAUACUUAUGUAUGUCCCAGGGGAAAAAGAAAAAGAUGCAGCUGAGAGUUGCUAACCAAGCUACUUUGGUUAGAAAUAAUGAUUGGUUUUGACCCCUGGUUGAAAAAGUCUCUAAAAGGGUCUGGUGACUAAAUGCGCUUAAAUCCUCAUGCUGUUUUGUUGCAAAAGUAUCAAAACUUGAAAGCCUCUCUAAGGGCAAGACCUUUAAACUCAAUUCAUAAAACAACAUUUAGUAAGGGGGUGGGAGGGUGGCGGGGGAGAAAUUACCGGUAAUCUUCAAAUACAGGUUUUUCUGCCAACAAAAGCCACAUUCAAAUUGUUGGUUGGUAAAAGCUUUUUUUUUUUUUCUUUUUCCAGUAUUAUUUAGAAGAGGCCAUCUGGAAUCCAUAUAGUACUAUUAUCAGCUUCACUAUAUGCUCAAUUCUCAUUUUGAGCCUUAAAUAGAGUCCUGUGAAGGGGUAAUAGUGAUUCUUGUGGCAAAAUCAGAACUUUAACUUGUAAAACCAUAAUAUAAAAUGGACGUAUUUUGUCAACUGGGGAUUUAGAUUGAUUCUUCUACUCGCUAUAAAUUGCUGUUGCUCAGAGACCUUUAGUAGAUUCCCAUCUACUUUAAGAUCGCUGUCUUGGCAACAGAAAAUUGCUUUUCUGUUGCUAGUACACAGUUAUAGAAUAUGGUUUCUAAUGGUUGGAUUUUGAGGGACCCUCCCUAAAGAGUGAGUUAUGUAUCUCCUCUAGGAAAUCAUGGAAAAUUCUGUUUAUUCUUCAGUGAGUCCUUAGGAAUUAAUGUUCUUACAUUUUUUUCUAAGUCUGUGUAAGUGCUUAUGUAUAAGUAUAUAAUUGUAUAAAUAUUUAUAAAUAUAUUUAUAUAAUUACAAUUUCAUUUAUACCUUGAGUCAAAGUUCUCUCUUUAGAUUGGUGACUGAGUAAUACCACUUUGAUUUUUCCCCCCAUAGGCUCUUGAGACUUAACUAGCAGUUUCUGAUUUAUUGAGGAAACAUGGUUUUCAUGGUAAUUCCUCAAUUAUAUCUGACCUUGAAUAACAUACUUGCUAUCUGAGGAAUAGAGCUGUAUACUGUCAGAGGUGCAUGCAAGGGUAAAAAAAAUUGUUAGUAGUAGACAAGAGCAAGGGUCAGAAAUCUAUAAAUUCAGGGAGGCCCGGAUAAGAAAUGAGAGUAUGCUCAGCUUUGGUGCUGUGAUAGCACCCAUCUCCACUCUCAGCAGAGUCACAGCUAAAGCCCAAAUCUGUCAAAAAUGUGAAGUCUAGAGUUUUCCCUAUAGGGCUUUGUUUCAUUCUCUUAACUACUAGCUUCUCUUUAUAAAACAUAUCCAGAGAGCCUAAGACAACAUGUUCUUCAGUGAUAGGAUGUAGUUCUUUUUGGUAAGUUCAGCCCUGUCAUAUCCAUUUAUGAGAAAACCAAAGUGACUUUUUCAAGUUGGAUUAUUAUGAGAUGAACAAGUAUAUGUAAAGUGAUUUAAAUAAGCAUAUCAGAGAGAUAGGAUUUAGGACAUUCAUCCAACUUAGAUACAGCUGGGGAGUUUAGAGUAUGAGGUGUACACGAUUGUGUUUUAUUUUGUGACAGGAGCAUAAUUAUCCUGGGGUUGA